GUUUAUCAUUGACCACGCCUCUUCACGCCAUUAACCUCAUUGUCCGGGUGACAUUAGACAAAAGAUGGCGGCAUUACGGUACCGGCGAUUUUUGAAACUAUGUGAGGAAUGGCCCGUAGAAGAGACCAGGCGUGGCAGGGAUUUGGGUGCCUUUUUACGCCAGCGAGUGGCGCAGGCCUUCAGAGAAGGCGAGAGUACCCAGGUCGCUGAUCCAGAAGCAUGUGACCAAAUGUAUGAAAGCCUAAACAGGAUUAACAACAACUGCUACAAAGAGAAGUAUCCUCGGCUGCGGGAUACAAGCUUCACAGAGGUGACUGUGGAAGAGUAUCGAAUGGUAUUGGCAACAGACAGCUUGAAACAGAUGGAAGGGAUGAAAAAGGGAAUGUGGACUCGGCUUAGAGAGAAGUUUAAUGCAAAAUCCCCGCAGGAUGGAGCAAAGGAAUGAUACUAUUGUUAAUAGAACAAUCCACACCCUUCCUGUUCGUACACCAUCUGCUAAAUAUACAGAACCUGCAAAUAAACAGGCCCUUCCCUUUUCCUUGUGUGGGUGUUUACUUUAACCCAUGGACGUGUUGCUGCUAGAGAUCAGACAGUGAAAGAUUAAUAAAGAAGCACUUCUGCUAUAAA